AUGAAGAGAUGGACCGAUCCCAGAUUAACUUGGGAUCCAGAGGAGUUCUCUGAAAUUCAAGAAGUCAGUCUACCAACAACAAAUUUAUGGAUACCAGAUGUGGGUGUUAUGAAUGGAAAGGCAUCCACUGAUUUCGAUUUUAGUGCAGGUGUAAGAGGACGCGUUACCGUAAGCAAUGAUGGAUCAGUUACUUGGCUUCAUGGCGCGGUUCUAGAUGUGACAUGUCCCCUUGAUGUAUCAUUUUUUCCGUUUGAUUAUCAAACAUGUUUUUUGAUUCUUGUUCCAUGGCAAAGUGGUGAACAACAAUUACUUUUGCAACCAUUUACACAUGGUUCAGCAGUGGAUAAUAGUUACUUACCUAAUUCUAAUGUCAGUGAAUGGGAAAUCCAAUCUGUUCAUUUUGUACGGAAAAAAUAUCGUAGUGAUAUGAAUGUCACUUACCAAUAUGUGAGUAUUGCUAUCCAUCUUAAAAGGCAGCCGCUGUAUUUUAUUGUACUCGUUCUUGUUCCGUUUUCAAUGUUAUCUGCUCUUGCAUGCUUGAUCUUCACAUUAGAUGAUACAGGAGAUCGGUUAUCAGUUGCACUUUCCUUAGUUCUCAGUAUGACUAUGUAUGUGGUGAUUGUGUCAACAAAUGCUCCCCGCUCAAUGAGGACAUUACCUGUUUUAGGUAUUUUUCUGCUGGAUCAGCUUGGCCUCUUAAGUAUUGCAACAAUACUUGCUGUAAUGAACAACAAACUAUACCAAUCAACAGAACUACUCAAUUGGCAAGAUUUCAUUUAUACAAUCUCAGGUACUGGACAAGGUAAACGACGUAAUAGUGAGCCAUACUCUGAACACCUUUAUGUUAAUAGACACAUACAUGACAAUCAUAAUUAUAAUGAUAGAAAUAAAACACCACGCAGUAACACAAACAAACAAGAACCAAAAUAUAAAUCAUCAUUACAACAAACAAACCAGUUAAUUGAGAAGAGUAUUUCCAGACAACAGUACUAUUUUAAAAAGUACUGCAAACCUGUUAAACUUUUAUCACGUAAAAGUAAUAAGAACGUUAAUAAUAAUAGUAACAGUAAUUGUGGUAAAAGUAAUAAUCAAUCAAAUCGUUAUUUUCCAAUCCAUCCUGACAGUGGACACUUCAUAAACCAUUGUGAUUCAGAAGUUAUCCUAAAUACAACAAAUUUUACAUCAGAUGUCAAAUAUCGUCCUAUUGACCCAGAUUCUGACAGUCCGAUUGGACAAGUAAAUAAAAUAUCAAGACCUAAAUUUCUAGAUUCAGCUAAUUCCAAUAUCAUUCAUAACAUUAAUGCUUUUAAGAAUAGUAACACUGAAAUUAAAAACAGUACUAUUAGUGAUAAACAAGAUAUAAUGAAAUGCCAUGAAUACAAAAUGAUCCAUCCGAGAUUACAUAAUAGUGAUUUUUUAAAUAAAUCUCAUUUUAUAAUAAACAAACCGAAAGGCAAUGUUUCAGAAAGAUCUCCUUGGAGAGAACAUUUACCGAUGUCAUAUGACCAAAUAAUGAAGCAGAAGUAUCCAAUGAAGUCAUCAUGCAAAUACGCCGCGCCAUCAGUAACUGAAAGUUCACCAAGUGAUGACGAAAACGAUUAUGUAAAGAGUGAUACAGAUGAAGUAGAUAGUGAUACCUCAGAAAGAAUAUUCCGAACAACUGUAACAGCAACUGCCGCAGCGGCCUUGGCAGCUACUCGUGUUAUUGCUUCUGAUUAUGGUGUAUUAGAUCUAAAUCCAUCUCAACCAAAAAUGUAUGGGGCGAAACCAAAUCUUAACGCAAACAAAAACGCUUCUGGUUUUUAUGAGACAGCUAAAUCAAGGAAAUAUAUACGAAGUGACUUACCAAUCGAAACAGUGGAAGAAUUUGAUCAUAUUGAUUCUAAGUUAGCCGCUCAAGCAGCAAUAAAUGCAGCAUUUGAAGCAGCUGCACAAACUUAUCAACUGAGUAAAGAAUAUACUAGACAUCAUAAUCACCGCCAUUUAUAUCAUUUCCCACCGUCCAAGUGUGGAAAACGCCAUAAACGAAGCUUGUUAAGCAACAGCAGUUAUAACCACCAUACUGAUUACUCCACAGAAUUAAAUCCAUAUCCUUACCGCAAAUUAGCUUCACGUUUAGACUGUAUACAAAUGAUAACUUACCUAUUCUUAUCAACGAUAAAUGCUAUUGCUUGUCUCAUACUUAUGCCAAAAUAUUCACAAGAUUCUAAUCCACCAGCCCAUUUGAUCUCUUAAAAAGUGAGUGAUUAGUCGCAAAACAUUGUUUUAUUCUACUUCAUAAGUCAAAAAAUAAUUUUACCAGGGAAUCUCACUGACCAUUUUCGUCUUAUAUAUAGGAUAUAAAAUAUAAUUUAAUAUAAGUUUAUCAGUUGGAUUUGUAAUUGAUAAAUAACUUUUAGCUUAGUAGUCCUCAGAAAAUAAUACUAAUCAUAAAUAAUUGGAAUGUAAUCUGGUCAUGAAAAUUAAAGGUCUCGGUUUCAGUCUUGAAGAGUAUCAAAACUUCAUACCAUUAUGAAGUCAAAACUAGCCAUCCAAAAAUUAAGUGAUUCAAAUCGAAUUCCAAGUGGUUUUUCAACUGAUGAUGAUUGGCCUAAACUUAAACCAAACCAAUUAAAUAAUUAAUUAAACUAAUUAUUAGUUAACCAUUGUUCGUUAUUUUCUCUUCUUCAUUGUUUAAUGUUGUAUUUGUCAUUUAAAAUGUCUCUUUCUUAUUCUGCACAUGUUCUAACUUCAUUCUUUUCUGUACACAUAAUAUUUAAAAUUAAUUACAUAAUGACACUUUCUAGAGUUAGAAAAAAAAGGACUGACUAGAGUUAUCUCUUAAUAUAAUAUAGAUAAAUAAAU